AGUCACAUUUCUGCUUCAAUUGAGUAUAGUUGUGUCUCUUUAUCUCAGUGAAUAAGUUUUUAAAGCUAAUAUGGGUUCCCAAAUAAAAUUUAAAGAGAACGAAAUUCUACGCAAACAGGCUAUAAGUCAACUAAAAGAAUGGAUUUCGAAGCAUCCGAAGAUCAAGGAAUGCAGAACGGAUGAUAAGUUUCUCCUCAGAUUUCUCAGGACUAAAAAGUUUUCCGUUCUGGAAGCCUGUGAACUCCUCGAAAAUUAUCUCACCAUUCGAAAAACUCUUCCGCAACUUUUUGAGACACUUAAUUGUGAACUACCUGAACUGAAAUAUUUUUUCGACAACAAUUGUGUUUUUGUUCUUCCGAAUACGGACAAGGAAGGACGUCCGGUGAUAUUUUAUCAAGUUGGAAAUUUUACUGUGGACAAAUGUAGUGCUGUAAAUUCUUUAAGAAUUUGUAAUUUGACUUUUGAACACUUGACUAUCGAUGAGCAUUCGCAGACUAAUGGGGUUGUUAUGGUGAUUGAUUGUACAAAUCAAAAUCUUGCUUAUACUUCAAUCUGGACUCCUCCGAGGCUUAAAGAUUUUGCCCAGUGUUUGCAAAAAGCCUUUCCAUUGCGCUUCCAAAAAAUCUUUUUUGUAAACAUGCCAUCUUUUGCAAGUGCUCUUUUCCAGAUACUUCUGACAUUCCUCAGCACCAAGCUCAGGAGCCGUAUAAAGAUCGUCAAUAAAUGGGAUGAAGUGUUCCAGGAAUUGGGAUCUGAGAUUUUCCCCAAGGAAAUUGGGGGAAAGUUAACAUCAAAUGAGAUUGUAAAGGAAUUCAAGAUGCGUCUUCUUGAGUCUCGGGAAGAAAUUCUUGCAGUUAGUUCAAUGGAUAUUGAGGUUUCAAAAAACACAGUGAAUUUUGGCAACAGUUACGAUGCUGAUCUCGAUACGGCUAUUGUUGGAAGCUUUCGAAAAAUUGCUGUGGAUUAAUUCUUCGAUUUACGCCAAGAAGUAUGUAAACUUCUUAAAAUAAAAUUAACCGAAACCAAGAUAAAAAGCAAUGCUAAUAAGCAUGGAUUAGGAUAAUUAUAUCUGAUUAAAAAGAAGAGAAUUUGAACUAAUUUAUGAAAUUGUGAAUUUGUUUAAAGAAAAUUAAUCAAAUUUAACAAAAAUUGUACUUCAUUUUGCGGAUAUCAAGCUACAUUUUUUCCCAAUCUCCACCUGAGAGUGUUACAAAUUGAUUUUAGACGACCCUUUUUAAUGCGCAUAAAGAAUGACUGUCUCAAGAAGAACAUUCUUCUAUUUUAAAUUGAAAUUACUCACUGGAAGGUUCCGGAAUCAAUUGAAGGAUUAAGGAAAAUGCAAAAAUUUGCUGCGUAGUCGAAAUCAUUUUUCACCACAAAUCAUUCAUUUGUGAUAAGAAGCACGAGUUACUGAUAAAACCUCAAAGAGCUACAUUUACUUGCUUAGACAGAAUUCACGAGACAUUUUUUGAACAUGACACGAUAAUUUACUUAGCAGUGGCUUCGAUAAUCACUUUUCCUUCAUCACACGUGAUAUGUAUAUUCUUUAGUGUUGAAUAGCGAAGAACACAAGGUGCUGACUUGUGGAAUUAUCAGAUGUACGGGAUUAAGGGGGAUUUGCUUUUAGGAAAUACCAUUAAAAUCACUUUAUCUUCUGUGAAAAUAUUUUCUCUGAUUUUUUUUCCAUGAACGGGAUAAAUUUUAGCAGUAAUUUAAAUUUGAAUACGUGCGUUUAAUGACGUAGGAUUACAAAUAAUUUCAUUUUCCAAUCAUUAGCAUAAUAUUUAACUUGCAAAGAUUACAAAAGUCACUAAACGUUCGUGGAAAAAAAUAUAGCUCAAGAGGUUCUAAAAUUGUACAAAAAUUACGUUCCAAAAUAAAAUCUCUUCCUUAUCGAUUUAGCACGAUAGCAUGAUAAUUAAUCAAAAUAUACAUAACUUGGUUCUUGGGUUAAAAAUACGACGAAGAAGCGGAAAAAAUGGAGCUUUCAGGGGAAAAAAGUUCGUGGGAAAAUUAUCCAUGCGGAUUAUUCAUGAUUUUCAAUGCUGAAUUAAUUGCUGGUGAACGCUGAUUGGGGUGAAAGUUCAAUUUUAACAAUAAAUCCAAGAAAAGCUGUGUGAUUUUUCAUUUAACGCAGAGGGAGAUUUUUUUUUAUCGACGUUGUCCUAGUUAUUGAAAGAUAGGACGGAAAAAAGAAAAGAGCCGAAGGGAAAAAGUCUCCUCAUGAACUUAAUUAAUUAGGGAGUUUUUUUUUGCUCAGCAUAAAAUUAGCACCUUUAGAAGUGAUAAGAUUGUACGGUAGUAUCUUUAAAAAUUUUGUAGAGGGGAGUUGGACAAAAGAGAGAAAAGACAGAAAGGUGGACUAAUAAAUAAUUUUAAUUAAAAUAUCUCAAUAAUACAAUUGUUAAUCUA